AUGACAAAAGUGCGCGGCGUGUGGCGGGUCACCAUUGUUAUCUGUGGAGAGGCAGAAGACACAGGACGACGUUCCUUCUCCUUUCCAGAAUCAACUUCGUCUCCUGCAUUGAAAAGGACAUUAUUCACAAACUUGUACAAGGACGCACCAAGAGAUUUGGUCACGUAUUUAAAUGAUCAGAUGAGUGUAAUUCAUCAAGAGAAACUCGAGAUAGAAUAUGGUCGAGGACAGGGGUAUAUUGUAACGCUACCAUUGCCUAGCUCGAAGUUAAAGGCUGAAGUGGAAGGAGCAGAUGUGAUUAUCAAUGAGUUAAAGCGGAGAAUGUCGUCUAUGGCCGAGAAAUGGGACAUAGAGAAAGCAGAAGAAGUAGAAGACUCAAAUGUGGUAAAGGAGUUGAUUAGUAAAGGCGAUACAUUAUUGAAUAAUGAACAAGAAGAAGAAGAAAAAUCGACUGGAGAUGACGCCACAGAUAUGGCAAUGAUGAUUCGGCUCAAACAAUACUAUCAAAAACUGGAAUCAUAG